CAAGCUGAUCCGCUCUAGCUCGUAUUAGUCUCGUUCUGGAUCUCUUCGCGAUAACAUCACGAGUUCUGAAAGAGUUGCAUUGAAAAAGCUCUAUCGUUCGAAAACGCGUGACAAUUCUUGAAUUUUUUUUUUUAAUUACUAUUAUUUUUUCUUUCCCCCCCUUUCUUUUACGUCAAAUUAAUUUUUAUUGGAUCGCGAAAGGAACGUGAAAUCAUUAUAAUUUCGAUUAGUACUCCGAGUUUUUUUUUUCUUUUUUUUUUUUUUUUCUUUUUUUUUUCUGUACUUUACCUCUUGCUUUCAUUUUUCAAUCAUUUUACUACGAUAGAUCGAUCAUCAUUCUAAUUAUCAUAAUAAUUAUUAAAUGAUCGUGGGAUUUGUUAAUAGUGCUGCUUAUACGAAUGUUAGAUAUAUUUAUUUCGUAUCAUUCUUUCUCUAUUUCGUUCUUUUUCGUCAUCAUAUAUCGAUGACAUUAAGUCGAGUUAAUAAAACGUUCUUUUCGCUUUAAGUGCAACGUCAACGAUUUGAAAGGAAAAUGGCUAAAGACGAGAAAGGCAACGAGAAGGUCGCUUUGAAACGAGAGCUUGGACUUUUCAGUGCCGUCAGUAUAAUUCUUGCUGUUAUGAUCGGCUCUGGAAUAUUUGUAUCACCGGCCAAUGCUUUGGAAAGAUCUGGAUCCGUAGGAUUUUGUUUGAUCAUUUGGAUAACUUGUGGUUUGCUGUCUCUGUUGGGUGCUUUAGCAUUUGCGGAAUUGAGUACCGUUGUACCACGUUCCGGUGCGGAAUAUGCUUACUUCAUCGAAGCUUAUAGUCCACUUCAUCAUUACGCUGGACAAAUACCAGCAUUCAUUUGUUCCUGGGUAUACGUGAUACUUCUAAGACCAGCCGAAGUAGCUGUCGUUAUAUUAACGUUCGCCGAAUAUGGGGUACAACCAUUUUCUAAUUACCUCGACGAUUUGCCAAUGGAUUCGAUGGAGCGAUUGAAAAAAUUAAUCGCUAUGUUGGCAUUGGGCCUGAUUACGUUUACGAAUCUGACGAGUGUUAAGCUUUACGUUAAAGUGCAAAAUUCAUUGACGGUAUGCAAAGUUGCCGCAUGUAUGCUUGUAAUAGGAGGUGGUAUAUGGUGGUUAAGUACUGGUCAUUUGGAUCUAUUAAAGAAUCCUUUUCGCGGUACUACAACGUCCGCUGGUAACAUAGCAUUGGCUUUUUACAAUGGUCUUUGGGCAUACGAUGGUUGGUCAUCGGCUGCGAUAAUAACAGAAGAAAUUCAAAAGCCAGAGGUCAAUAUUCUUAGGAGUAUAUUAAUAGCUGUACCAACGAUUACUGUUCUUUAUGUGACAAUGAAUCUGAUGUAUAUGGCUACCUUAACGAUACCCGAAAUGAUAAGUGCACCUGCCGUCGCCGUUUUAUGGUCUGAAAGAGUACUUCCAAGUUGGUUAACCUUUGCUAUACCACUUGGUGUUGCCUUCUCUACGUUUGGAUGUGGUCUUAGUAUACAAUUCAGUGUAUCACGAUUGUGUUACGUCGCGGGAAGAGAAGGUCAUGUACCACGCAUAUUUAGUUAUGUACACAUGGAGAAAUUAACGCCAGCUAUAGCCGUAGCGUUUCAAGGAAUACUCUCAUUGAUAUGUCUCUUAUUAGGAGACAUUACAGCUCUGAUAGAAUUCGCAAGUUUUCUCACUUGGGUUUUCUAUGGUUUCGCGAUGAUAGCUCUUAUUAUUAUGAGAAGGACUAAACCUGAUGCACCUAGACCAUACGCUGUACCAAUUUUAAUACCAUGGUUGGUACUAUUAAUUGCUAUUUUUCUAGCAGUCAUUCCUAUCGUUUACGAGCCAUCAUUCAAAUAUUUGUUCGCCGUUGGAUUCAUUUUGUGUGGUAUACUCGUUUAUCACAUCUACGUCUAUAAUAAGAAAAAAAGCCCUUUGUUAGCUAAAUCUAUGUACCUGAUCCAAGCGUUGAGUUUAGUUGUUGCUCCAGAUAAAGAAGACUGAGCCUUUUAUAUCGUAGCCAAUGUACAUACAUAGAUUCUUCUGCAGUAUCAGAUAACGCAGGUGGUUCGUCUAGACAAAAAAAUUGUCUAACGCAAGCGCUACCUAUGAGAAUGGGAUUACUUAAUAUCCCAUUAACAAAUGCUUGCAGACCACGUAUCCUUUCUUCUAGAAAACUAGGUGCAAAAUUGUCACCCAGCCAUUUCUUUUGUGGUAAAGAUAAAUGAGAGAUCGGAAGUUUUUGUCUUCUCAAUUGAGCAAAUAAGCGUACAAAAUCUGUGUAUCUUCUGAAGACAAACCAACAAUCACCAUUCUUCAAUUCUAUACGAAGUUUGUAUACCUACGUAAAAGUAUAUCAAAUGAUUUCUAACAAGAAUUCAAUUGAUAUAUUUUUAAUUAAGAAGAUAUUAUAUACUAACUGUAAAUCUAGCUCUCUCUUCCAUAACUUCAUAUCCAACAAUAGGUAUUCUUAAGUCAUUGUUUGUUAAGGGGGGUGGAAGAAUGUUAGAAUUUGUAUUUUCAUUAGGAUAAUUAAAUCGUUGAAUGGAAAACGAGUUCGAAUGGCCAGAUCCAUCUGAAUCAGGACUGUCGAGUACCCUUAUGGAUCCUGCUUGAGAAGUCCUUGCUUUACUAAUAGCAAGUGUAACUUCGCUAAUACAUCCCACACCAGUCUCUGAAGUAGACAUUUUACCACCAACAAACUAAAUAAAACCAUGCAUACUUAAAAAUAAAUAAAAAAAAAACUAACUAAAGUAAACUAAAAUCAAAAGUAAUCGAAUUAAGAUAAAUAAGCAGAAAAGAAUGAAUAACUGAAUAGCAUUAAACAUACUCAAUAUAUAUACUUUAUUUUACAAAACUAAUUAAUAGCCAUUAAACAAUUUAAAUAAAACAAAAUAAUAAACAAGCUUUUUUACUAACUCAUUAAACUGUAAUAUCGAAAAUACUGCAUCACAGAAAACACGUAAUAAUUCUGAUAAUUAAACGAUACUAACCUCGCUUAUGUUAAUCAAAAACACAAUGAAAGGUACAAUGACCUAUAAAUAUGAUAUUUUAUCAACUUUCAUGAAUUUUUUGAAAUUCAUUUUCUUGGGACAGAAGAUACAUGAGUGAUGUGAAAAGUCAAUUAAUUAAAAUACGAUAUUUACGUCAUAUACCGAAGAUUACUAAACAGUAACAGAUAUCCAUUAAAUUGUAAACAUGCAAGAGAGUGCAAUGUCCGAAUAUUUGAUACAUUUUUUUUUCUCUAUGUAGUUGCAAUAAUAGCAAUAAAAAUUCUCUAUAUUUAGCAUGA